UACCGCACUUUUUCUUGGGGUAGGUGGUCAUUUUGUCGGUAAUAUAGAAUCGGCCCAAUCUGCUAUUAGAUUAACAAUCUGGUCUCAUUAUUCGCGUGCAUUGAACCAUGAGCAUUGCGACAUGUCUCCAUCUCCGAGAAUUCAAGCCGGACUCAAUUGCAGGGCUGCUCGAGAGUACCAUGGACGGACUCCAUGCCCCGCAGAUGCGACAGGAACUGAUGCUCGAAGUCACUGAUGUAAUGACAUGCCGAUCUUCCGCGUAUAGGCUCAAAUACAAACGUGCACUCUCAACAAGAGGAGAAAAGCAGCACUUACCAGUUCAAUUGGUGAUUGUUCAGAGAGAUCCCAGGUGGCAACGAGAACCGUCAAGACGGGAACUGCGAUGUCGCUUUGGCGGGCAGUUCGUUGCCCCGCCAUGAGUCAUCCUCCUAUUACUAACUCACCGGGUUCCUG